AUGGAGCCAACACGCGUUCUGGUAACGGGUGGCUGUGGCUUCCUGGGCACCGCCGUCGUCUCCGCACUCUUGAGCACCCGAAGAUACGCCAUCACCGUCAUAGACGUUAACCCGCCUUCGCUCGGUAGCACCACCUUUACCAACACUGUACGCUAUGUUCGUUGCGACAUUCUGGACCCAUAUUCCUUGUACAGCGUCUUUUCCGAAGCUCGACCUGCCGUCGUCAUUCACACAGUGGGUGUGUUCCCUCUGGGGACGAAGCGCUAUUCCAUGAAGGGCAAAGAGGCCAUCUUCAGGACAAACGUCGAGGGAACAAGGAAUGUUGUCGAAGCAAGUAGGGAGUGCGGUACAAAAGCCUUUGUGUAUACCAGUAGCGUGACUGUCGUGUUGGACGAGUUGGAUCGCGACUUCAGGAAUGUAGAUGAGCAUUGGCCCACGGGAGGUGUACAUACGAGCUAUGGACAAAGCAAGGCACUCGCUGAAUCCCUUGUGCUCUCCGCAAAUACGAAUGACUUCGCCACCUGCGCCCUGCGCUCAGCACCCAUCUUCGGUCGCAACGACACUGUGUGCAUCCCUACGAUACACUCAUGCAUCCCAGCCGGCCAGACACCCUUUAUUCUAGGCACAGGGACCAAUCUCCAGGACUUCGUCUACGUAGAAAACAUAGCAGACGCCCAUGUCCUCGCCGUUGGAAACUUGUUAAAUUCGCAAACAGCUGCUGGAGAGGCCAUCUUCAUUACCAACGGCGAGCCGGUCACGGCGAGGGACCUUUGCAUAGCUGUGUGGAAGGAGUUCGGCCAUGUUCCAAAGUUCCACGUCCGGGUUCCAGAAGGAUUGACAUGGUGUCUGGGCUAUUGUGCCGAAUGGAUUAGCUGGGUGACAGGGACGGAGGGUGUGCUUAGUCGGGGCAUUGUGAGUGACGGAUGUCGGGACCGCUAUGUUAGUAUUUCGAAGGCGAGGUUACUGCUAGGAUAUAAGCCUCGAGUCGGCUUGGAAGAGGGCUUAAGGAUUAGCUGUCAGCCCAAGUUCAUCUCAAUACAAGCCUCAAUUGAAGGACAUCGCUUGGUCACUGAUUGCAUCGCCUAUGUACACAUUACCAUUACGUUGUCUCAAAAGGCAAGGCCGGGAAACUGUCAGAUAGCAUCAAAGCAAAGAGCGACGCCCGAGCUGCGGACCAUCAGCGAGACAAAGGCUGGCUCAGACGCUCAAACGACGGCUUAG